AUCGCGCACGCGCUCUCCGGUCUCCCUUGACCUCUGACCCACCGGCCGCGGAGGUGCUGGUCCCACUGAGUCGGGAAGCUGCCCCCUUGCCCUUGUGGUGGAGCGGCCGCCAUGUUGGCUCGUCCAAGGAAUUGGUAGACCUGGGACCUGAGCUGAAAUCGAGACCUGGUGGCUGAGUGUAUGUGGGAACCAUGCAGGUCACCUGUGCAACCUUUAAAAGGGUAUCACUGUGUAUGAGACCGUGGCUGUCCACAUACGUUCUGUGUCUUAAACUCAUCUCAUUGAGAUCCACCGACCUCUGCCUCCGGCUCUCCAGUGCUGGACAUUAAAGGCCAAGUACCUGGCCCAGAUCAUUGUGAUGGGUGUGCAGGUGGUGGGCAGAGCCUUUGCCCGGGCCCUGAGGCAGGAGUUUGCAGCAAGCCAGGCAGCUGCUGAUGCUCGGGGUCGUGCUGGGCACCAGUCUGCAGCUGCAUCUAACCUCUCUGGCCUCAGCCUCCAGGAGGCCCAGCAGAUUCUCAACAUCUCCAAGCUGAACCCUGAGGAGGUCCAGAAGAAUUAUGAACACCUAUUUAAAGUGAACGAUAAGUCCGUGGGUGGCUCCUUCUACUUGCAGUCAAAGGUUGUCCGUGCAAAAGAACGCCUAGAUGAGGAACUCCGAAUACAAGCCCAGGAAGACAGAAAGAAAGGGCAGAUGCCCAAAACGUGACUGCUGGGCACACCCCACCCCACCCAUUGCCUCAUAAUUUAUAGCUUGGUAAUAAAUAUCUUUUCCAUGUUUA